CAGCCAGAGGCAUCAGGUGUGCAUGAGGAGAGAAAGAGGAGAAGAGCAGCAGCAACCAGAUGACUGAGCUCAGCAGCUCUGGAUAUGUGAUAAGGGCAGAGCGGGACGCUGCUGUGGCUAUAACAGCAUGUGCAUGUUGGGAUAAGAAGUAUUAAGAGCUGCAGGAAGGAGACUGGCUUGUUUAGGGGAACUUGAAGGGGAUGCAAAGGAAGAGGAUGCAGAUGGACAAGUAACACUAAAGGUAGUUUCUGUUUGGAUUCAUGCAUGAAGGUAAUCCUUGAUCUACCUGGACCAUGUCUGGUAAGAAAGGGAGGCAGUGGAGGUCCAUGUGCAAAGGCCUGGUCUUGGGUACCCUUCUGACCAGCUGCAUGAUCCUGCUGUACUGCCUUUCCACUCCACAGAUCCACCUCAGCCUGCCUGAGGUUCCAGUGCCUUACUCUUGUGCCCACCGCCCAUCCCAGCUCCAUCUCAAACCAACCACCAACGUCUCCCAACAUACCUCAGGCCAGACCUGCACCCCUAAAGUGGAUAUCAUGUUCAUGAAGACCCACAAAACAGCCAGCAGCACCUUCCUCAACAUCCUUUUCCGCUUCGGAGAGAAGCACCGCCUUAAAUUUGCCUUCCCUGACAGCAGAAAUGACUUCUUCUAUCCGUCUGUGUUCCAGCGCUCACAGGUUAAAGACUACAGACCUGGAAUGUGCUUCAAUGUUAUCUGUAAUCACAUGCGCUUCAAUGCAAGUGAAGUGGCCAAGCUGCUACCUCUGGACACGUCCUACAUCACCAUCCUCAGAGACCCAGCAGAGCUCUUUGAGUCCUCCUUCCACUACUUUGGUCGGCUGGUGCCUUUUACCUGGAAGAUACCAGGUGAUGAUAAGCUGUCAGAGUUUUUGAGAGACCCUGAUUACUACUUUGAUAAAGAAGGCUUCAACUCUUUCUACCUCAAGAAUCUGCUGUUCUUUGACUUUGGACAGGACAACACUCUGGAGCUGGAUGACCCCCAGGUAGAUGAGGGGAUCAAGUUCAUCACUGACCGUUUCCAGUUGGUUAUGUUGGUGGAACAUUUUGAGGAAUCACUCAUCCUGCUCAAGGAUGCCCUAUGCUGGGAGAUGGAGGACUUACUCUUCUUCAAACUCAAUGCCCGUAAAGGUUCUACUGUGUCUAGACUGACCCCUGAGCUGAGGGCCAGGGCCCUGCAGUGGAAUGCCAUCGACUGGAAGCUCUACCAGCAUUUUAACAAGACAUUUUGGAGGAAAGUGGAUGCAUAUGGACGAGAAAGGAUGGCUGAGGAUGUAGCAGAGCUCAGGAGGAGGAACAAGGCCAUGGCAUCUAUCUGCAUCGAGGGCGGUCACGCUGUAGAGGCGAGUAGCAUCCAAGAGACAGCGAUGCAGCCGUGGCAGCCAAUCGGAGAGAAGUCCAUCAUGGGCUACAACCUGAAGAAGAAUGUGGACAAGGCACAUCGCAAGCUGUGCCGCAAGAUGUUGAUGCCAGAGCUGCAGUACUUAACGGAGCUCGGGGUCAACCUGUGGAUCACAAAGCUAUGGGGUCACAUCCGCGACAUCAUCAACUGGUGAUUAGUCAUGUGAACACGAGGGGCCAAUUCAUUUCUGACAAAGUAUAUUAAAAGAAAAGGAAUCAGACUGUGGCUGUGGAGUAAAAGCUGAAGGGUUUAAGUCACAUUUCAAUCUCGAAACUUGUCUCAUUUGUUGUAAUGUACCCGCACCAACUUAUUUGCAUUUCCUAUAUGGUUUUGUCAUGUAUCUGACUGGUGCUUAUGGAAAAAAUACCGUUGACCUCACAAUCUACAAAUAUAGCACAGCUUAAUACUAACAGAUAAGGCCUAGUAUUGUACCCCAAGUACAUUUUCAUAAAAAUCUUACUCCUACAUGUGAGCUUGCUAUGAAUGAAUAAUAAAGUCAAGGCCUAAUUUUAUGAUCCCUUUAUUGAAAUUAGUUCUUAAAGUAUUGCCAUCCCUGCCAGUUUUGAAAAGCUGUUUGAAGACUGUUAGAGGACACCUCUGGAUAUUUUGGAUGUUCAUGUGAAGCUACUGAAUGUAAGUAUUACAUCCCACUUUAAUGUCUAUGGAGGACAAAAUCAGCCUGCAGUUAAAAUCUGAGUGACUACAUGAGACCUUUUAUGAUGAAAAACAUUUUCUUUGUCACAACAGAGAAAGUGUAGGUGCAACUAGAAUGAUAAUAACUGCAUUUGGGUAAAGGCCUAAGGCAAGUAAUGAUAAAUGUCAUUAUCUGCAAGUGAAGGAACAAAUCUGAUUUCUAUGAAAAGAAAUUGAUGGGUUUCAAAAACAACUUCAUCAUAUGCAGUCAGUUAAAUAAUAUGUAUCAUUAAUCCACUUUCUUUUCCAGUUUUACAGUCACUGAUUUAUUUUGCCCCUGAGUUUUCUGCUCCAUGGUUUAACAUCUUCACGCCUCCAAGGGAUUUUUGCAGUUGCAGUCAUUUCUUGUCUUUCUUCUGGGGCGACUGUAGCAUUAGUGGGUAAAGCCCCUUCUCUGUCAAUAAAAGGUCAGGGGUUCAAUCCCCAACUCCUGCAGCCACAUGGAAUGUGUCCUUGGGCAAGACACUUAAACCCAUAUUGCUAUGUAAGUUGCGUGUGACAGUGCAUGGAUAUCAUUGAAAUAAAACUGUUUCUAUGAUUAAAAAUACAACUAGCAUUCACUCCUGCCAGUUUUAAGUAUUCACAGCUGACCCUGAUGAGGAGACAGGAUGCUUGGAUAAAAACAAAACAAAAAGAAAGUCUCAGUUUUGGUGUAACAGUGGAAUACAGUGUUAACCAUCCCAGUGUGCUUGUUUGGACCUGUAAUCAUACCCUGCAAGUAUAACUGAAAAACACAUCAAUGAUUUUUUUUUCUACUUCUUUUUUUGGUGACUCAUCUUGUUAUUCACUUACUCUGUCUCUCUAUGAACAUUUUUGUUUUCUGUAUCACUUAAUGUAAUUAUUCUUUAUCUGACUGUCUGAUUUUGUCCUUCA